GCUAGCAGAAGCGAUAACAUUCAUCAUCCUACGAGGCAGCUGGAAGAACCUUAUCCACAAGAACGUAUAGCACACCAGCCAUUGGUUGCUCCGCAUGAGGAAAGAUUGUUGCAAAACACGCCCACCUACCCGUGUACAUACUUAUAACAUCCAGAGUCAGUAUAUUGGCAAACCGACCGCAAGUGUUACGUCCGAUUUAGAAGCUCCUUACCAGAAACUAGGAAGCCUAAGUGAACAGCGACAUGAAGCUCUGCGCAAUUGUCUUCGUACUUGGCACUAUGUUGGCGGUCGCGUCUGCCGAGUGCCCGAAAGAGCAAGGCUUCAUUAUGACUUUGGAGUGCGCUUACACGCUGAGACUAGACCCUAGUCAUCGUGAUGUCAUCGAAUGGGAUGUAACGGACCUGUCAGACCCGUCACAAUUCAGGGCCAUCUGCUGUUACCUGGAUGCACUAGAGAUGUGUUUGAAGUAUAGCCUACAGGGAGAGUGCUCAUACGCUGCUGACAAAAUAUUUCAACAGCACCGAGAUGCACUAGUGGGUGACCUGUCCUGUGCCGACAAAUGUUGAGAAGCGAAAUGUACCCACAUUCCACAGAACUACACGUGCCAGGGCAUAUUGUACGAAAUAAAUCGACAGUUGGCAUGCA